UUUAACUAAAACGGCAUUUCUGAUCUUAAAAAGGGGGCAGAGAAGGAACAUAAGGAUUGAAGGUAAUCUACGACGGAAGUUGUUGUUAAGAGAACAUGUUUGGGAGUUUUAACGACAACUUGGAAAAUGAAGAUGAUAAUAGAAUGCUGUGUCCCUGCAAGUGCAACACGUGUCUAUCCAUGUAACAACAACAUGUUCGCUACUUGUUCAGCAAUAACAAGAAGACCUUUAUCCCUGUCUCUCGUCUCAACUAGUUUCUCCGCAUUCAUCUUCUCACUUCCUCCUCCUUCUUCCUCUUCUUUUCUCUCUCCUUCUUCAAAAUUCCCCGUAUCAGAAUUCUUUGUUAUCCCCAAUUCCGGUGGAGUUAAGGCUUUGGAUCUCCUUGAUGGCUCCGGUGAAGUUCCCGCAGAUGGGGACCAGGUUGCAAUACACUACUAUGGUAGACUGGCAGCAAAACAGGGAUGGCGCUUUGACUCAACUUAUGACCACAAAGAUGACAAUGGUGAUCCUAAUCCAUUUGUCUUUGUCCUUGGGUCUGGCAAGGUUAUUGCUGGAAUUGACGUGGCAGUGAGAUCAAUGAAAGUAGGUGGUAUUCGUAGAGUCAUCAUACCUCCAUCACUUGGGUAUCAAAACACAUCACAAGAGCCCAUCCCACCUAAUUUCUUUGACAGGCAGAGGCUGUUCACUACAAUUUUUAAUCCAACCCGCCUUGCAAAUGGAGAAGGCUCCACUUUAGGGACACUUAUAUUUGAUAUUGAACUGGUUAGCCUCUGGCAUCUGUGAAGUCAGCAAAUAUGAUCAAACAUCCAGAAGACAAAAAUAGUUUUUUUUUUCCUAGAGAAUAUUACAAUAGUCUAAAUGAGCCAGCAUUUACCUGUUUGUAAAUAACAGGGUAUUACUCAUGAAUCCCCAUGCAUGAACUUGAUUAUGCAAUGCUAAGAUCAGUUUUUAUCUCUGCCAAUGAUAAGAAUAAUCCUGAUUUCCAUGUU